AUGGAAGACGAAGUUUGCACCUGGGCUUACCAGUUUGGGCCCAACAGACAAUUCACAACCCACCCCCAUCAUCCCCAGUUAGACAGGGGGGAUACGGUUGGCGGCAGGGACCGCCCCUCAAGGCAGAUGUUUUAUGUGAGGACUACCAGCCCUCUUCGUCUUCUCCACCUGGUCUGGACUCUAGAUAUGUUCUCCUGUUGUCCAGCGGCCCGCCUGGGCACAUCAAAGCUGACCGAUCGUCAUAACACAGACCAUGCCGUAACCAUUUUGCUCUGGACAGUCGUCGAAUGUGGGCUCGGCAGCCUCGGCAUCAUUGCAGGUUCCCUACCCAUGUUGCGGGCCUUCUUCAAGCACCUCUGCGACGACGACAGCACGAAGGAUCAUAAUAACUCGGCCAACACCGACCUGGUGACCAUAGGGCAUAUGAAGGCACGGCAUAUUCGUCAACCCUACGACUCCAUCUUGCAGGUGACGGUGGGGGAUGGAGACGGUAACGAUAACGACAACGACUCUCAGAGCCACGUCGUCGCAGGAGACGAUAUCGGAGAGUCAACUGUCAAACACAGAGGCCACAAGAUGCAAUCACUCAUAUACGGCAGGGCGUGCAUUCUUGGGGUGGGAUGGCCCGGAUGGGUAGACUUUUGGGGGUGGACAUACGUGUGUGAGAGGUUGGUACGGCUGGCCUCCGACCACGUGGGGAACGGAACGGGCCGCAUCCGGGUACCGACCCGUUAA